UAUGUAUUGUGCAGAUAAUUAUAUAAGUUGCACGAUCAUUUAUGUUUUGAAUAUAUUUGGUUUGCUUCUUGUUUUGGGAAUAUUGUUUAAAAACAAGGAAUAUUAUUAAAGAGAAUGGAAAAGAAUAAGACAAGUAAUAAAAGAUUACACAAUGUAAGAAUAAGUAUUAAGAUUAUCAUAGAGAUUAUAGAAGUGAUUGUAAUUUUCCAAUAUUUGCAAAGUUUGUUGGUGUAUUAGUAGGAUUUUGUAUCUUAAUAAUAGCAAGCAUAGUUUCUGUAUAUAAAAUAUUCAUUUAUAUAAGAUAAUUAUGUGGGAUAUGAGUUUUGGAUUUAUGGAAGUAUCCAACAUAUUUUUAUGGAUAUUAUGUGCAUUCUUUUUUUAUAUUGAUUAUCGCUCUAUUUUCAAAUUUUCAAAGUAUGUAAAAUAUUAUGUUUAAGAGAAUUGCGUCUAGCUUUAGCCAUUAUUUUACUUAUUUAAUUAACAUCAGGUAUAGUAUUUGGAAUUGAGAGAAAUUUAGAAAAUGAAAAUAGAGGAUUUGAUGAAUUAACUGUUGAAGCAUCAGUAUAUUUAUGCAAUUUCAUAAUUAUGCUUGUUAUUAAUAUAAUAAGCAUAUUCUUUCCAAAAUUUGAUUAUUAAAAAGUUAGUAAAAAUAGUGAUGAUAAUAUAUUUAUCAGUUUCAAUAGUUUAUAGCAUCAUUUGGUUAAUGAUGAUUCACUUAAUUAAUCUAAUACUAAAUAAAAUUCUAUUGUUAAUACAAAUUAAAGAUAAUCAAUAUCUAAAAAUCCAAAAAGAAGUUAAUCCUUUUUAGAUUAGUUAGAUGAAUUGACUAAAGAAGAGGGUUCUUAAAGUUCUAUAGGAUCAUCUGGCAUAUAAAAAUUAAAAUAGGAAUAAUCAGGAUUAAUUGAUCCAACUUAUGGAUUAAAGAAAGAAGAAGAAGCUGUUUAAAAAGAAAAAGAACAAAAAGAAUUAAUGAGUUAAAUUAUGGAUAUGCAUAAAUAAUUAGAUGAAAAAUUAAAUAAAUUAAAAUAAGAUAGUGAAAUUAAUUAAUAGUAAUAAAAAUCACCAUAAUAAUAAGAAAAUGAACAUAAUAAUUAAGAUUUAAUUAUUAAUUAAGAAUAAUAAAAUUAAUAAAAAUAAUAAGAUGUCAUUGUAAAAUCAAAAUAUGAAAUACAAAGUAUAAAAAUUGAAGGAUUUGAAGAAAUUAAAAAAUAAGGAAAAAGAUUUAUAUAUUUUAAGAUAUUCUAUUUUUCAAAUUCUAAAUAAAGAUAAGUAAGAACUGAACAUAAUUUGAAAGAAUUUUAAUAAUUAAGAUUAGCAUUAUAAUAAAUAUAUGUUGAUCAUUCUUUUCCUGAAAUACCUGAAAGAAAAGUUAAUGAAAGAUUGAGUGGUAAAGAAGUAGCAAGUAGAAGUGAAGCACUUGAAAAAUUUUUAUAAUUUAUAGUAAAACAUUAAAUGUAAUGUCCAACUUUAGAUAAAUUUUUAGAAGAAACAUCUGGUCCUAUUCAUUUAGAAGAUGAAAGUAAAUUUUUAUUUAAAUUUUAGAGGAAACUAAUAUAGAUUAAGUAUUAUAAGAUAAAGUAUUUGAUGAUUUUUUGGAAAUAAGAAAGGCAAGUGUAGCAUCAAAAUAAAGUUAUUUAGAAAGAGAUUAUAAUGAUGAUAGUUUUGAUCCUAAAACUAGUAUGGCAUCUUCAUCAUAUGAUCAAUCAUAGUUUUUUUAACGAAAUAAUGAUCGAUUUUCAACUACUAUAUAAUCAGGAAUGGGACAUGGUCACAAAUUCAUAAUUAAAGAAGUUAAAACUAUUUAAUAAACUACUGUAUGAAAUAAUAAUAAAUUAGUAUUAUAAAAUUGAGGGAGUAAUCAAUGGACAAACAGUAGCAACUGUUUAAAGAAGAUAUAAUGAUUUUAAAGAAUUAUAUAAAAAGGUUAGAAUUAAUUAAUUAAUUUUAGCUGGCAGAUAGGUACUAAAUUCCAGUUUUACCUAAUGAACCACCCUCAAAAUAAUAAGAUGUUGUAACCUAUAGAUAAGAAGCAUUAGCUUAAUUUUUAAAUACAUUGUAUUAAAAUAAAUCAGUAAAAACUAAUAUGGUUUUUAAAGAGUUUGUAGGUAUUUGA